CGAACGAACGAGCGAGCGAGCGAAGGAAGGAGCGUUCUGUUCGUGUGGUGUAGUCACUCAGUAGUGUCAUGGAGGUAACAUGGCCGAGGAGACGCGCCUAGUCCGCGUUGAAGAAAGGCUAAGGAUUAAGAUCGGUGAAGCCAAAAAUCUACAGAGUCGAAGCCAUGGCUCUCCAGGUACGAGAGAUGUCUACUGUGCAUUAUCUCUUGACCAGGAAGAAAUAUUCAGAACAACUACAAUUGAAAGAACACUUGACCCCUUUUUUGGAGAAGAAUUUCAAUUUGAGGUUCCUCGAAAGUUUCGUUACCUCGGGAUUUACGUAUACGACAGGGAUCGACAUUUGAAGCAGGAUAAGAUAUUGGGAAAAGUGGCUAUUAAGAGGGAAGACUUGGCGACAUAUCAUAAUAAAGAACACUGGUUCCCUUUGAGGCCUGUCGAUGCCGAUUCCGAAGUACAAGGCAAAGCUCAUUUGGAAUUGUCGUUGCAACCUCAAGUUGGACAUGUUCAGCCUAAGCUUACUGUUCGGGUAAUAGAGUGUAGCGAGCUAACUAUUAAAAAUGGUGGCUGUGAUCCAUUCGCAACCGUUACUGUCAUAUACAGUAAUGGAAAACAAAUAUCAAAACGUACGAAAGGUAAAAAGAAAACAGCAUCUCCCCAUUUCAAUGAGACUUUUACAUUUGAGCCUGAAUUGACAGAGUCUAAAGACAAAGAUGUUUCUCAUUAUUCCAUCGAUGGAGGUGAGGUUGGUGAAGUUGUUGUAGGGCUAUGGCACGCAUCUGGAAUGGGUGAACAACCUGCUUUUCUUGGUGAAGUUCGUGUAACGUUGAGAGGUUUACAAAAACAACCGACCAGUACGACCACUGCUUGGUAUUUUUUACAACCCAGAGCAGCGAAACACCGUCCAACUAAAAUUUCAAGCAAUUCGACUCCACCAGGCACAGUGCCAGGGUUGGGGUCCUUACGUUUGAAGAUACAUUAUACGGCGGAUCAUGUUUUCCCUUCUGAGAUGUAUGACAGAUUAAGAAGUUUGUUGCUUCAGAGUGUAAAUAUUCAACCAAUCACUUCGUCGGCGGUUUACAUUUUGGGGGAAAUCGUAGCGAGUAAAAUGGAGGCCGCACAACCCUUGGUUCAAGUUCUCGUUCAUCAUGGACAAUUAGUGUCUGUGAUGAAAGCUUUAGCCAGUCACGAAAUUUCGAAAUUAACGGAUCCUACAACGAUAUUUCGAGGUAACACGUUAGUGAGCAAAAUGAUGGACGAGGGUAUGCGGUUAGCCGGACUUCAUUAUCUGCACAGUACAUUGAGACCAGCAAUGGAGCAAGUUUUUCUUGAAAGGAAACCCUGUGAAAUUGAUCCCACAAGAGUAAAAGAUGCUAAUACUAUCCAGACUAAUUUGGCAAAUUUAAAAGAAUACGUCGAAAGGGUUUUUACGGCCAUAACAACAUCGGGAGUGAGAUGUCCGCCAUUGAUGUGCGCAAUGUUUUGGUGUCUCCGUGAAUUAGCGGCCACUCACUUUCCAAAAAACAAGGAAGUUCGAUACUCCGUUAUCAGUGGUUUUAUAUUCCUGCGAUUCUUCGCGCCGGCCAUACUCGGUCCGAGAUUAUUCGAUAUUACCACCGAACAAAUUGAUUCUCAAACAAAUAGGACGUUAACGUUAAUUUCUAAGACCAUUCAGAGCUUGGGAAACUUAGUGAGUUGUAGAGGAGGCGCAGGUAGCGUCUGUAAGGAGGAGUACAUGGAAUGCGUAUACAGAGAAUUUUAUACAGAUAAGCAUAUUCAAGCAGUUAAGCAGUUUCUCGAGUUAAUAUCUACGAGUAGCGGCAGUGGAGCAACAAAACAGCGGCCGACAGCAUCACAAGAACAGCCAGUGGUGUUGAAAGAAGGAAUAUAUUUUGUUUUUGUGCACACCGCUGACUUUGGUAAGAGAGUUAUGAUAAAGAGAGCACAAGGUCGAAAGCGAUUUGGACGGAAAAACUUUAAGCAAAGAUACUUUAGACUCACCACACAAGAUCUGACCUAUUCAAAAACCAAAGGAAAGGAACCUUUAUGCAGAAUACCUCUCGAAGAAAUCUUAGCAGUUGAGAGAUUGCACGAGGAUUCUUUUAAAAUGAAGAACAUGUUCCAAAUUGUUCAGCCGCAGAGGGCACUUUAUGUCCAAGCUGGUAACUGCGUAGAAGAAAAAGAAUGGAUUGACAUUCUCACUAAAAUCUGUCAAACGAACAGCAACAGAUUAGAGAAAUAUCAUCCAAGUGCCUAUAUUAAUGGGCACUGGCUUUGUUGCCGAGCCGUAGCUGAAAUUGCUCCAGGGUGCAGCGAAGUUUCUCCAGGAGUAGAAGCUGGCUUGAGGAUAGUCCUGGACCCUGACCGGGAUCUACAAAGAAUACACUCUUUGAUAUUCACUAACAUGCCUCGGCUGGAAACUCUGAUGAGUGCCUGCGAAUGUCAAGCAGUAUAUGGAGCGAGUGAGAUGUGUGUUUUACCUGGUGGAGGUUCACCCAUAGAAGAUGUUCCCUCUUGUUUCAAAACAUUGACAGCACUCCGAGACGCAGCCAUUGCACUCGAACGCGAACACAGAGCCUACUUCAGGAGGUUGGCUCGCGACACGAAAUAUGGAAGCAAACAAGCGCCAAUCGGUGACGACAACUACCUCCAUCUCGCCGCAAGAGCGGGUUUCGAUGGCCAAUUGACAAAACGCACCUACGAAACAGACAGUUUGAAUCGCCGUUGUGGUGAGUCUGAACGCUUUUACGAUAACAGCCUGUCCAGACGAAUAGAGGAGCAAAGAUUCGAGGAAUCAUUGAGAAAGUGUCUCGACUCGGACUCUAUAAAUCGUCGUUAUGAGAACGACGGCCAUCUGGGGAGACGGCACGAAAGCAACACGGACACUAUAAGGAGCAUACAAAAUGAUCUCAAGAGAUUCGAUAACAGUCUUAAUAACACUCUCAGAUCUGAGACAUCCGAAUGGAAUGGAAAUGAGAAUCUCGAGAAUCAGAGGCGACACAAUCAUCACCAUCGUCUCAAUCAUCAUCAUCAUAAUAAUCAUGACAAUUCCGGCCUAUUUGGUUCAGACGGUAUCAAUAUGUCCAGUACUCUCUCGAGAAAGCUCAGCAAUUAUGACAACACGAGAAAACUCGAUGAAGGUACACUCACCAGGAGGAUAAGGGAUGACGCAUCGGACAUCUCUUCGAACUCGAUGAGCGGUCGUGGAAAUCAUUGAGAGAGUUUCUUCUUUCUCUUCGUACCUCUUUGACUUCUAUUCUUUUUCCUCUUCGUUUCGUUUCUUCUUCUACUUCUCUUAUGUUUAAUUUUUUUGUUUCUUUUUUUCUUUCUCUUCGACUACAUCAGUCUCAUGUAUGACAAAUACUAUUCGUACUGUUCAGCUUUUAUAUCCGUCAGGAUUACAUUUUUUUCAAAGUUAAAAUAUUUAAUGAUCAAAUUUGAAAAUCUGUGAUGUCAGUCAUCAUGGCUGUCCGACAGCGUCUCAUGCCUUUGUUCUUUCACAAAAGUGUUAGUAUAUUUUUCAUUUUAAUCUUUUGUGUUUAUUUAUUAAAAUAUGGGAGUCAAUUGUACCAUUGUUGCUGUUGAAUAUCAUCUAUCAGAUUAUAAAAUGAAUUAGUGAUCAAUUUGGCUAUUCAUUGAUAAUUCUUGUCGUCCUAACAAGACUUAAAAAAAAAUCAAUAUCCGUCUGAAAGUAGUCUGGCAGAGUGAAAACUUUUGUAACUCAAAUUUGAUCGUUUUUGUGCAUGAAUUUUAACUGUAAAUUACAAAGAAUCUUAUAUAUCUUCAGGUUGGACGUUUAUCUGGUGGAUAAUAAUGUGUAAAGUAUGGGACAAGAGUAAUUUAUAAUUGUGCACGAAAUAUUAGAGAAAUAGUAUUAUCCGCCUUAGGCAAUCUUUGAGACAACGAUAAUUGUAUAUUUUUGUGCUCUUAUUUAGAAGGCAAAAAGUAGUUUUCCAAUAAGCCAUUUCUUAAAAGCUCUUUGGAAUUUGAAAACGAUCCUUCUGUUCUUGGGCAAUAUUUCUAUUGCCAAGAUUCCUCAAGGCGGAUAAAUGUAAUCACACGUGACCUAGUGAAGCUGUAUUUCUCGUUACCACUGUAAUUUCUUUUUAAAUUCGUACAUAACAACGUUAGUACACUUUUAUAAAUUUCAAGUACGAGGGAAGAGCAUCGUUCAUAUUAUUUUUCUACUUUUUGAAGGGUAUAUUUUUUUUUUUUGGAAAUUCGACACUGUUCACACUAAUUUGAAUCUCGCUAAAGCGCACAGCCAGUAUGUGAUUGAAUUUGAUAUAAGACAAUGUACCAGAGGAAGUUUUUGACAAGAGUUGCUUAUCUGACAAAGGAAGCCUUUUUUUGUAUGUAAAACAGAUUACAGUUCUCAUAACGUUAGCAGCCUACCUUUAUUGCUUUGAAAAUAUUUCUUGGAAUUAUUACAAAUUUUGUUUUCGACAUAUCUGGUCUGCCAAGGCUUCCCGAGAUAGUUAAGUCGAGGAAAUGAACUCUCAUAAAAAAUAUCUGCGCUUUAGCACAAGAAAGAAAGCUAUACUAUAUCGAAAUGCUUCCUAAUUAGGAUAAUUACUGCGGAAUACAACAUCGCGUCACAAGGGCAAUCUCAACUAUUUAUUUAUUUAUUAUAUAAAAACGAAUUUGAGGGAUUCAAGAUUCGUAAUCUCAUUUUUUAGUUCAUGACGCCGAGCCUAAAUGGUGUCUGCGAAAACAAUCGUGUAUGUACAUACGCACAUAGCGCGAUAUAUGUUUAUGAAAAGUAUAAGAAUAAAGAGAGAGAAUGUAUGCGUGAAUGUGUGAAUGAAAGAAAGAGAGAGAGAGAGAGAGGGAGGGAGGGGUUGAUAAAGAAUUGGCACGAUCGAAAAAUAUUAUCAUAAAUAAUUAUUAGCUUCCGCCGUUCUUCCAUCUUCUCGAAUGGAAUCGUAAUCACUCGUGUUACUAUUUCAUUUCUUCGUCACGUCUCACUUGGUUUAGACUUAAGAAAGCAGAAACGGGAAAUCACGUUAUCGUGUUAUCGUGAAUGCCUAUUGGGCUCUUUUUAUUAUUAUAAUUGUUAUUACUAUUAUUAUUUUCUUUUUUAUUCAAGUUUGCAUAGGACGAUCGCAAUCUUGUAAAUUGGAUUGCGCGAGGAAUGGUAUCGUUAAAUAAGAAAAAUAAUAAUACACGUACAUGUACACAGUGUUAACGAUUUAGCGACAUUGAACUGAAUUAGAUAUAGAAUUUAGAGUAAUUUCUUUUUUUUUUUAAUUGUCCAUCGCAUUUACUUCAUUGGAGGCAUUCGAGCGCGACAGUACAACGCGUAUUUUGUUCUUUCCUUUUUAUGUACUUGCAUCAUUCUCGCUCCGCCUCAUUAAAAACGCGAGACUUCACUUGGCCAGAAGAGGAAAGGAGUCUUUCAUUAUUAUUAUAGAUUUUCUAAUUGAACAAUUUUUUCGAUUCUUUGUAUAAUUAGGGAAUUGCAUUUUUUCUUCUUUAUGCAGACUACGAAUUUUUAUUGCCUCUUGUAAUGAAGUUCCAAUUUUUAGGAACAAGUUUAGAGGGUGACGAAGAUUAGGAACGUUUAUUCUCCUCUUAUAUGUUGUCAAAAACGUUAACCGACUAAAAGAAUAGUACAAAAUAGAAGCUGGAAGACAGUUGUGUGCGCAAAAUUGUUUUUUUAACAGUGUGGAAAACGACAUUUUGAAUUUAUUUUACGCGCUCCUUUUACUUUCAGCUCUAGAAAAUAAUAUUACAUACUCGGUUUUUUGUUUUUCUUGCGAAAUUAUAAAAUUGCGUUCAGUCGUUAGCAACCAGUGAUUAUCACUAGAUUCAAAUCUUGAAGCAAAUCGAGAAUUUCAAGUUUUAUUUUCAUGAUAGGUAAAUCGCAAUUACAUGGAAAUUACUCUAAUUCUAUUGGACGCAAUUAAGGGAUCAUCUAUUGACAUGAGUGCAUUUUCAUGUGAAUGCAUUAAAUCGAAACUCUUCCUUUUCAUGUGCAAGGUAACGAAAAUUAAGAAUAAUUCAAAGGCUACUGAGUAUAGUGGUCAACAAUGGCAGACUUUGAAUGAGCUUAGAGAAUUAUGUAAAUUUGAACAAUCUGAUCGUUCGAUCAUUUUUUUUAAGGAUGAUUCAUUAGAUUCUUAUUCCUCAAGUACGAUAAAUAUUGACGCCGUAAUAAUAAUAAAAAAAAGCACAUGAAAAUCUCGCGUGAAAUACGAUGUGAAUGAAACCCUAUGGUAAUUCUACUUAUGAACGGUAUUAUUUAUAUUACUUUAAUUGUAUUAAUAAUUUAAUAACAUUACCUUUUCUUCUUAAUAUCACUCCUCUUUCUUUUUCUUUCUCUUAUGAUUUUUGUAUACCUUUUCGUUGUGUUCACCAAGUAACUAUUGUUAUCUUGUAGAGAUCCCUAGAGUUAAUAGAUCGUGCCUUAUAACAUGUUGAGGACCCAAAAUAAUGAAAAUUAAAUAACGUGUUUGAUCUCGCGUCCAGAGAGAAUAUUUCACGAGUUAUUUAUUGAAUUAAGGAAUUACGUUCUAUAAUAUAUACACUCGGUCUGUGUAUUUUAAUACUGUACAUAUAUUUUGCGCAAUAAACAACUUGUCCUCUGAUAA